CCCGCGAGGUCAUAUUUUAAAUUGAUUUGGUGGGAGACUCUUGUACAAUAUAAUACCGGUUUUAAAUUCACUAGUUAACAUUCAGUGCCGACUCUUGGUAUAAUCUUGUAUUGUGGUUGUGAUUGACUUUUUUACUCCUUGCUUAAUUCAAAACAAAAUGAAAAAUAAAGUCCAACUAGGAUUCUGCUUUGCAUUAUGCAUUUCUGCUACUUUUGGCUUUGCCACAGACAGAAAUAGUUUAGUGGUGUCAUCCACAGAACCUUCGAAAGAAUCUUCAAGUGAGGUUGCCCCUAAUAAGGAGGAUGUUGCACCAAUCGUACCAAAAAUUUACGAAAUGAAGGUGGACACAAACGUAUCAAAUCGAUUUGCCAAAACUUCAGUUGUUAGUAAAGUGAAGAAUUUAGCGAAAACAGCACAGGAGGCAACUUUUUCAGUUGUGUUGCCCGAAACUGCGUACAUUUCUGGAUUCGUGAUGGAAAUCGACGGGAAAAGCUACAAAGCGUAUGUAAAAGAAAAAGAAGAAGCAAAACAAAUUUAUAAUGAGGCCGUUGGAAGAGGACAAGCAGCCGCUCAUGUCGAGGCUAACGCAAGAGAUUCCAACAGAUUCACUGUUUCUGUAAACAUCGAACCGCAAAAGAAAGCAGUUUUCACUCUAACUUACGAAGAAUUGCUUCAACGUCAAAACGAACAAUACGAAAUUGUAAUUAACAUCCAUCCAGGGCAACCAGUCAAAGAUUUAAAUGUCGAGGUACAUAUCGACGAAAGCAAACCACUGAAAUUCGUUAAAUCUCCCCCUCUUCGAACCGGAAACGAGAUUUCCAAAAACGACGAUAAAGUCGCCUCAUUGGCCGAAAUCAACAAAAUUAAUUCAACUUCAGCAACGGUUAAAUUCAGUCCGAAUAUUGAACGACAAAAGCAAUUGGCAACUGGUUUAGGUACAAAAGAAGAAAAUGGUUUAGCCGGCCAAUUCGUGGUGCAAUAUGAUGUUGAAAGAGACCCCAAAGGAGGCGAGGUCUUACUCAAGGAUGGUUAUUUCGUCCACUUCUUUGCCCCCACUGAUGUGGAAGCUCUACCGAAACAAGUUAUUUUCGUUUUGGACACCAGUGGUAGUAUGGAAGGAAACAGAAUCAGACAGUUAAAAGAAGCAAUGAAUAGUAUUUUGAGUGAAUUGAAAAAUGAAGAUUUAUUCAAUAUUGUGGAAUUCAGUUCGAUUGUAAAAGUCUGGAAUGUUGAUAAGGUUGAAGUUGAUUAUGAAGUUGGUGAAGAUCCUUGGCCUUUGUAUGACACUCCAGAUGCCCCUAAGAAGAAUAAAACAAACCAGGUUUUGCCUCCGGCUUACCAGGCCACCGAAGAAAAUAAAGAAAAAGCGAAGAAAGUUGUUGACAAGUUGAACGCGUACGGAGGUACCGAUAUUAAAUCUGCAUUGGAAGUUGGUUUGAAACUUGUGAAAAAGAAUAAAGAAGAUAAGAAAAAUACACACCAACCGAUUAUUAUGUUUUUGACUGAUGGUGAGCCAACAAUGGGUGAAACCAACACUGAGAAAAUCACAUCUGCUAUUUCUGAACUGAACAGUGGCGAAAUCCGCUCACCCAUAUUCUCGUUGUCAUUCGGCGACGGUGCUGAUCGCGAAUUUUUGCAAAAGAUAUCUUUGAAAAAUUUAGGUUUUGCAAGACACAUUUACGAAGCAGCUGAUGCCAGUCUCCAGUUGCAAGAAUUCUACAAACAAAUCUCUUCGCCAUUGUUAAACAAUGUUAACUUCAAAUACGUUUCAAAUGUGACAAAACUGACCAAAACUGUGUUUCCAAUUUAUUUCCGAGGAUCCGAAAUCGUCGUUGCUGGAGUGGCAGAGGAUGAAUUUGUGCCACCCUCAAUCGAAGGUAAUAGCCUAAGAGGACCGAUCAUCUGGAGUCCAAAAGUUGAAAACCCAGUUGGCGACUUGGAAAGACUUUGGGCUUAUCUCACUGUUAAACAAAUACUCGAGGCUAGGGAUGCCGCCGAGAAGAAGGAACCCUACACGAAAAAGGCGUUAGAUAUUGCAUUGAAAUACUCAUUUGUGACACCAGUUAGCUCCUUGGUUGUGGUCAAACCGAAUGAUACGAGUGCUGUGAAUACGGAAGAUGCCUCAAAAUCUGCCGACAGGCCGUACUUUCUAAAUGGAAGUAAGUUAAAACAUUAUGCAUUGACAAGUUACACAAACAGAUUAGGUGCACCAACACUUAGCUUAGGACAACCAGUGCCCGCAUCUGCGUUUGCAGCCCCUUCGCCCCAAUAUGCACAAAUUCUUCCGGAUGACGCAUAUGAGUCAUUUGACACAGCGCAAGAGGUGACUUCAAUGUAUAUUUCUGAAACAACUCAACUUCCAACUACAAUACCAACGACCACAGAUUUGUACGAAGACAUCAAGAAUAAAUUACCAUGGCUUAAAGAUAUUAUAAUGGAAAAUGGAACAAUAACUUUGCCCAAUGGAAAUUAUAAAAUUAGCACAAAUGAAACAGUGACCUCAACUCCCCAGUGUCCUAAAACACCCAUAAAUGGUACCGCUGGGGUGUGCACGCUUUUACCACAUUGUCCACAAGUGUUUUCGCUGUUAACAGAUGCGAAAAUUUUCCAGGACUUUUUCUGUCCUUUGGAUACAUUUGUUGGAGUGUGUUGUCCAAUUACAACAGGAGCCACAAGUGCAAGUUCUUAAUAUUCUUAUUCUGUGAUUACUGAUUACUAAGUUUAUGUACCUACUAUAAUUUUAGGACAAGUUAAUAAAACAUGUUUUACUA